AUGUUCUUGAAGCUAGCUACCGCCAUUGUUGCUGCUGCCAUGGUACUCAGGGGAGUCCGUACUGAGACGCACACCGUGAGUUUCACAAACAACUGUGGAUUUGGGACCCCAUAUUUAUGGGGUCCCGAUGGUGUACUGCUCUCUACGGGUGAUGACUACACUACCAACGGCCCCGCCCCUGGGUUGAUUGCCUAUCUCCAGUGUGAUGAUCGCUGCGGAAACAACGGCGAAGGUUGCACUACUGUUGACGCAACUCUCACUAAUGAAGGCAACAGUGUAGUUGAGAUCUUGAACAACUCCCUGAAUUCGGUGACCACUAGCAUUGAGAAAACCACAGGUUUUGCAAUUGUUGUGCACCCGCUGGUGCAAGCUGCACAUACUACGAUGAGUGCCCUGUCGAUCCGUUCUACCCCAUCAACGACACAAACGUAUCUAUCAGCUGCACCAUUCCAAAUUUCCUCCUAUUUUGGUGCAUCGCCAAUGGUCGCCGUCAAUGGCAUUCCCAUGACUCCUUACUCUCCUAUUUCGCCUGAAGCCGACGCAGAAACGACAGCGGUCUUGGCCCGGCAUCGGUAUCGUGCUCUGCUGAAGCUGAAUGAGAAGCGGUCCUGGGUCACCUUUGUGCUACUCGUUUUUCUUGCAUUUGCUAUUUUCUCAGUUGUUGGUGCCGUGAUAGGCUCGGCAGUGAUAAGCUAUGUUCUCGCGGUUCCGUUCAAAGUGGGAGAUUUUAAUAUGUUCACGUCGGUACCCCCAAUAGAUCCCACACAAUACGGUCUGAUUCUCUUCCAGACGGAUCGCGUUUCUUGGAGGGUAUUGCAGACUUUGGUAGGACUCCUUGGUUUAUGGCCUUCCAUCGUUGACAUUAUCUGCCAGUGA